CCUUUCCUCUCCUGGAGUAGAAAGGACUGCAUGUGGCUCGGGGCUGGGGAGGGGGCGGUGGUCCCAGUGAUAGCCAUGGUGGUUCUGCUACCACACCUGUGCCUGCAACGCUGCUUCCGCCUGGUUCCUCUCACUAUCUUCUCCUUGUUGCUUCUUUACCUCAUUGGGCAGAUUAUCUGUCUCCUAUUAGGCUGCAGGGCCCUGGCACAGUCCAGCAUUCCAGAUGGACCGCUGCUUUUCCAGGUCCAGCCAGAGCUGGAAGCCCAGGUGGCCCCAAAGGGGGAAGAUCCUGCGUGUCUAGGGCCUCAGGGAAUGCUAGGUCGCAUGGUGAGGCCCUUCCGGGCCAGUCUGAACCUCCAAGAGGACGUGGAGCUGGCUCAGUACCUGGCAGGGUGGAGGGAAUUUCUCAGGUUCCUAACUCCUUUGGGUUCCAUCUUCGCCUUCGCCUCCAGCGAGGCCUUCAGCAAGGUGACGGUCCUGGAGGCGCAGGUGCACGGCCCGCGUGCGGAGCACUACACGUCGCUGUCGACCAUGGCAGCGUGGGAGCGGCGGGCCGGGCUCCUCGAGCCGCCCUUGGCCGGGUCCUCGGGCUCGCGAACGCUGCUCGUGCUGCACCGCGCCCUGCGAUGGGCCCAGCUCUGCCUCUCCCGGGUGGCCACGGGCACGCUGGGAGACCCGGACGCCGGCGCGCAGUGCGCCGACGCCUACCGCACAGCCCUGGCCCCGCACCACCCCUGGCUGGUCCGUCACGCCGCCCGCCUGGCCUUCCUCGCCCUCCCGAGUCGCGAUCGCUUGCUGGAGCUGGCGUGUCCGGGAGCCAGCGAGGCGGACGCGCGGGCGGCGCUGGCCCGGGCGGCUGGCACCCUGGAGGACGUCUACAACCGCACCCAAAGCCUGCUGGCGGGACACGACCUGCUCCUGCUGGCUUGAGGAAGCCGCGCGCCCGGGGAAGGGGGCGUCCCGGGGGGCAGAAUCCCCGCAGCCUGGAGCCGCGCCCCCGGGACUGCGGGGAGCUGUCCAUCUGUCUGAUGCCCCGCCCUCCAGUGACGACAUCGCAGCUAAGACCCGCCCCCAGCCCUCACUGGCCCUGGACUGCGGGGAGCCGCCCGUCGCUCGGAUGCCCCGCCCUUCGGUGACGUCAUCGUCAAAGCCGCACCCCCCUUCCGCGUAUCCGCCCUCCCCGGAUGAGCGGCGUGGAAUAAAGUCACGGUUUGGCCUCUGCGGAUGCAGGAUGUUUUGUGUGAUGCCGGCAGGCGCCUGCAGGAA